AUGGUUUGUGAUACUUUCGUCUAUCAUCCAUGGAUUACACAUUUAAUCAAAUUCUUAGAUACAACUGCAGGUAGAGAAAAAUUGUUGCGUUUUUUGCAAUAUUUUUCAAGACUUUUAUCAUUUUCUUUGAAUUCGGUUAAAGCUAGAUCUUUACAAUUGCAGUUUCUUUUGAUUAGAAAAGUUUUAAGAUUCUUAAAGCCUUUAAAUCAUAUUCAGUUAGCUUCAAGACUAUAUGACAAUAAGUUAUCUAAUCAAGAUUCGUUGAUUAGAUAUAGCCAAAUUUGGAGAAAUAUUUUUUUAUGUCUUUAUCUAAGUUUAGAUCAGAUUAACCUAUUAAGAUUAUUGAAAAUUUUGCCUUAUAACAAUGCCACUAUUAGCAAUAACAAAAAUAAUAAAUCAAAUGAAUUAAUUCAAUUUAAAAUAUCUCGGUGGGCUAAUUAUUGUUGGUUUUUCUCUAUUCUAAGUGGGAUUGUAUCAGAUUUAAAGACUAUCCAAAAUUCAGACGCUGAAUUAGAGUAUAUAUCAUCAUCCACUCAAAAUGGUAAUGUAUCAGAGAAGGAUAAGAAUGAUUUAGAGGAAACAAAAGCUUUGAUUUCACAAAUACGUGAUAAAAAAUAUACAUCCACCAAAAAGCUUUUGUGGGAUCUAUUAGAUUGUAUAAUCGUAUUGAACAAUCUAAAUUACUUGAAAUCAAGAGACGAUAUUGUUGGUUUAUCAGGUAUGAUCACAUCUAUCUUCGGCAUACAAGAUACUUGGAAAACAAUCAAAUAA